CCUCAGGAGCCCUCGCUAGCCGAUGCCGCCGAGGAAGGAAAGGAGCCCGAGCCGGAGGCGAAGGAGGAGCCCGAGCCCCUCUCCGGCCUAGAGCCGCCUCUCAGCCCCGAGAAGGAGGAGGAGGAGGAAGAAGAAGAAGAAGGGGCGCCGGAGGAAGAAGAGGAGGUGGUGGUGGUGAAGAAGGAGAAGAAGGAGGAGGAGGAAGGAGAGGCGGCUUCCCGGGAAAGGCCUGAGGAGGAGAAGCCGGAGGGCGAGCGGGAAAAGUCUGACGGAGAGGAAGGAGAAGAAGAAGAAGGGAAGGAGAAAGAGACCCCCGAAGAAGAGAAGGAGGAGGAGGAGGACAAGGAGGCCCCGCCGUCGUCAUCCGAGGAGCCUCGGAGGGGGGAGGAAGGAGAAGGAGAGGGGAAGGAGGAAGAGGAGGAAGAGGAAGAGCUCUCCUUCAGCGACCCGGAGGGCUUCGAGGACGACAUCGAUGAGGAAGAAUUACUUGGGGAUAUUCUGGAAGAACGUCCACAUGAGGCUGAUGGAAUUGAUUCAGUGAUUGUGGUGGAUAAUGUUCCCCAGGUUGGGCCAGAUCGUCUCGAGAAACUGAAAAAUGUUAUUCAUAAGAUUUUCUCAAAGUUUGGGAAAAUUACCAAUGAAUUUUACCCAGAAGCUGAUGGACAGACUAAAGGGUAUAUAUUCUUGGAAUACAUGUCUCCAACUCAUGCUUUGGAUGCUGUUAAAAAUGCAGACGCCUACAAGCUGGACAAACAGCACACUUUCAGGGUCAACUUGUUCACAGACUUCGACAAGUACAUGACGAUCAGUGAUGAGUGGGAAAUUCCAGAGAAGCAGCCUUUUAAAGACCUGGGGAAUCUACGCUAUUGGCUGGAAGAUGCAGAUUGUAGAGAUCAAUACAGUGUGAUCUUUGAAUCUGGAGAUAGGACUUCUAUUUACUGGAAUGAUGUUAAGGAUCCUGUCGUAAUUGAGGAAAGAGCUCGAUGGACAGAAACCUAUGUGCGCUGGUCUCCAAAGGGUACCUAUUUGGCUACAUUCCAUCAGAGGGGCAUUGCUCUGUGGGGCGGAGAAAAAUUCAAACAGAUCCAGAGGUUCAGCCACCAAGGGGUGCAACUUAUUGACUUCUCCCCUUGUGAAAGGUACCUAGUAACCUUCAGCCCACUUAUGGACACCCAGGACGACCCUCAAGCAAUCAUUAUCUGGGACAUCCUAACAGGACAGAAGAAGCGAGGAUUCCACUGUGAAAGUUCAGCCCACUGGCCCAUUUUUAAAUGGAGUCACGAUGGGAAAUUUUUUGCUCGAAUGACAUCAGACACACUUAGCAUCUAUGAAACACCUUCCAUGGGUCUGUUGGAUAAGAAAAGUUUGAAAAUUGGAGGGAUCAGAGACUUCUCCUGGUCCCCGGGGGGCAACAUCAUUGCCUUUUGGGUGCCCGAAGACAAGGAUAUCCCAGCGAGAGUGACCUUGAUGCAGCUGCCUUCCAGGCAGGAAAUCCGAGUGCGGAACCUGUUCAAUGUGGUGGACUGCAAGCUGCAUUGGCAGAAGAACGGGGAUUAUCUGUGCGUGAAAGUGGACCGGACCCCCAAGGGCACACAGGGUGUAGUGACCAACUUUGAAAUCUUCCGCAUGAGAGAGAAGCAAGUUCCAGUGGAUGUGGUAGAAAUGAAAGAAAGCAUCAUCGCCUUUGCUUGGGAGCCAAACGGAAGCAAGUUUGCUGUGUUGCAUGGAGAAUCGCCACGAAUAUCCUGCUCCUUUUACCACGUCAAGAACAACGGGAAGAUAGAACUCAUUAAAAUCUUUGACAAGCAGCAGGCAAACACGAUAUUCUGGAGCCCUCAAGGCCAGUUUGUCGUGUUGGCUGGUCUCCGGAGCAUGAACGGUGCCUUAGCAUUUGUGGAUACGUCUGAUUGCACCAUGAUGAACAUUGCUGAGCAUUACACAGCCUCAGAUGUCGAGUGGGAUCCAACAGGCCGCUAUUUGGUGACGUCUGUGUCUUGGUGGAGUCAUAAGGUGGACAACGCCUAUUGGCUGUGGACCUUCCAGGGCCGCCUCCUGCAGAAGAACAACAAAGACCGCUUCUGUCAGUUACUGUGGAGACCCAGACCACCGACUUUGCUCACCCAGGACCAGAUAAAGCAAAUCAAGAAAGAUCUAAAGAGAUAUUCCAAAAUAUUUGAACAGAAAGAUCGUUUAAGCCAAUCCAAAGCUUCAAAGGAACUUGUAGAUAGGAGGCGCACAAUGAUGGAGGAGUUCAAAAAGUACCGCAAGAUGGCACAAGAACUAUAUAUGGAACAAAGAAAGGAGCGGUUGGAGCUCCGAGGAGGAGUGGACACCGAUGAGCUGGACAGCAAUGUCGAUGACUGGGAGGAAGAAACCGUUGAGUUUUUUAUCAGUGAAGAAAUUAUUACAGUUGUAGAGCAAGAGUGAUCCGGAAGCUGUGCAACCACCACCACCGUUCUUUUCUGUGGAGAAGAGAUUUGUUCAUUUUCAGAAGGUCGACACGCUCUGGAAAAUUUUUAAAUCCAAAUUCUCUCUCUGGACAGUGAAUUUGUUCAUUCUGACACAUUGCAGUGCCUUCUCGCCCUCGCUGUCUUCCCUGGGGUCCUUGGAAAGGCACUGCUUUUAAAUUUUUAUUCCUUUCUUCGGGGGGGAGGGCUUAGCUAACUUUUUAGAAGUCUGCCGCUAGUGUUUGCUGCUUGGCACCCCAGCAGCGCCCCCUAACAGAGCAGCGUGGAACGGUCGCUCUUCCGCGUGAAGCCUUGGCCUUCUUCCCCGGCAUCCUGCAGCUAAUUCACGAUGCUUCUGUUUGCAGAGGACUGCGUCCCGAGCACAGGAAUGGGUGUUGGCUGUGUGGGGGGAAUAAUCCAUGAGAAAGCAGCUCUUCACACCAUGUCCUUUAGGGUGCCGAAGCGGCACUACUGUGGGCUUUACCCUCCUCCAUUCAGAUUGAGACCGCACCUCUCCACAGGUUGAACAUUGGAAAUAAAACAGCCCCCUAUGCUUCACAAAGGAA